AUGGAUAGAAGGCAUCUGAAGAGUCAGCUAGCCGUUGGUGCUGCAGUCAAGGGCCAAGCUGUAGUAGACCACUUGGCUGAAAAUCCAAGGAAGGAUGAUUAUCAACCGCUUCACACUUAUUUUUCGGAUGAGGAUGUCUUGUUUGUUGGUGUAGCAAAGGAUAUGAAUGAGCGAUGCUCUGAGUGGAUGCUGUUCUUUGAUGGUGCUUCAAAUUCAUUCGGAGUCGGUAUUGGAGCUGUUCUAGUAUCGCCUAAAGGAAAGCAUUACCCCGGUUCGGCUAAACUACGAUUUUUCUGCACUAAUAAUAUGGCUGAAUAUGAGCCUUAUAUUUUUGGACUCAAAAUGGCAUUGAAGAUGGAGAUUAAGGAUUUAAUAGUUUUACUAGAUUUAGCAAACAAAUUUAGAAGUUUGGAGUUCAGGCAUAUUCCACGUGCCAAAAAUGGAUUUGCUGAUGCUCUGGCCACUUUAUCUUCAAUGAUUCAACAUCCAGACGAGUUAGUGAUUGAACCUAUCCAGAUUCAGUUACAAGAAAAACCUGCACAUUAUUUGGUUAUGGAAAAAUCUUCUGAUGGCCGUCCCUGGUAUAGCAACAUCAAGGAAUUUCUUAAAAUGGGGUCUUAUCUUUCAGGUGCUGAUACGACUGCUAAAAGUUUCUUGCGUAGAUUAUCAUCCAAGUUUUUCUUAAAUGGAGAGGUGGUCUACAAAAGGACAUCAGAUUUGGGCCUUCUAAGAUGUGUUGAUGAAGAUGAAACAAAUUAUUUGAUGAAAGAAAUGCAUAGUGGUGUGUGUGGAUCACAUAUGAACAGGCAUUUGCUAGUGAAGAAGGUCAUGAAGACAGGAAAGUACAUUAAAUGCCGAUUGCAUGGAGAUGUUAUACGCACUCCUCCCACAGAAUUACACAGUAUGACUGCUCCUUGGCCAUGUUUAAUGUGGGGUAUGGAUAUAAUUGGAACUAUUGACCCUCCUGCUUCAAACGGACAUCGUUUUAUUUUGGUGGCUAUUGAAUACUUUACUAAAUGGGUUGAAAUCGAAUCUUACAAGCAUGUGACUAAGAAGGUGGUGACCGAUUUUAUGAGAAAACACAUCAUUUGUCAUUUUGGUGCGUCAGAGACAUUAAUCACUGACAAUGCCAAGAAUCUCAACAAUGACAUGGUGGAUGGAUUGUGUGAACAGUUCAAGAUCAAGUAUCGAAAUUCUACCAUUUAUAGACCACAAAUGAAUGGAGCUGUGGAGGCCGCGAAUAAGAACUUGAAAAGGAAUCCGUAG